CCGGCCCCGCCGCAGCCAUAUCCGCCGCCGCCGGGAAGGGGCCUGCACGGGGGCCGCUGUGGGCGCCGCGCUCCCGCCGCUCGCUGUCGGGCCCGCGGACCCCACGCCCCGCUCACGAUGCCGCUGGGGCUGAAGCCCACAUGCAGCGUGUGCCGCAGCACGUCCUCUUCCAUGUGGAAGAAGGGCGGGCAGGGCGAGAUCCUGUGCAACAACUGCACGGCCCGCUCGGCGCCGCCACCCCCCGCCGCCUUCGCCACCACCUCGGCCGCCGCCCAGCACAGCAACGGCGGCAGCAGCGGCAGCGGCGGCGGCGGCGGCGGGGGAGGAGGGAAGCAGAGCAAGCAGGAGAUCCACCGCCGCUCCGCGCGGCUCAGGAACACCAAGUACAAGUCUGCGCCCGCCGCGGAGAAGAAGGUUUCCACCAAGGGCAAGGGCAGGAGGCACAUCUUCAAGCUCAAAAACCCCAUCAAGGCUCCUGAGUCCGUAUCCACUAUAAUUACAGCGGAAUCAAUCUUUUAUAAGGGUGUAUACUACCAAAUUGGAGAUGUUGUUUCUGUGGUUGAUGAGCAGGAUGGAAGAACAUACUACGCUCAGAUCCGUGGGUUUAUUCAGGACCAAUACUGUGAAAAGAGUGCUGCACUAACCUGGCUCAUUCCUACACAAGCCAGUCCCAAAGACUGUUUUGACCCAGCAUCCUAUAUCAUAGGACCAGAAGAAGAUCUCCCAAGGAAAAUGGAAUAUUUAGAAUUUGUUUGUCAUGCACCUUCGGAAUAUUUCAAAUCUCGAUCAUCUCCCUUCCCUACUGUUCCUACAAGGCCAGAGAAGGGCUAUAUAUGGACUCAUGUGGGACCUACUCCUGCAAUCUCCAUUAAAGAAACUGUAGCCAAUCAUUUAUAACUUUUUUAAGGACUGUUUUGCACUAGCUAUUUUGGGUGUAUCCUCCAGUUUGUAAAACCUGUACAAGAAGUCUUAAAAAUUAUAAAAUGUGCUGGUUUACUUUACAGAUUAUGGUAUUUAUUAACUUUAGAUACAUCAGAUCUUUGAAGUGGAAGUUUUCAUUUCAGUGCUCUAUUCUUCAGACAUUAUUGCUCAUCUUGGGACAAAACCACAAGUUUCAUGUUGUCUUUGACUUCUGAAAAUUUCCUGUAGUGUUCAUUCUUACUUUUUAAGUUAUUUUCCAGAAGAAGAAUUUAAAAGACAUAAUCAUCCAGCAUUUUACAUAAAUGUUUAAUUUAAUUAACUGUGACUUCUGCUUUUAUUUCCUUGUUAAAUAAUUUAGGACUAGCUUCACCUAAAUUACUAAAAUGGUCAGUGAUGCAGUUAACAGUUUUCUGUUACAUGGAGAGGAAUGAUCUCCCUGGAUUUCUCCAGACUAAAACCUCAAACACAAAGAGGGACUCUAACAGUCACCUUUUAAGGGAAUUUUGUUCAUCUGAAUCUCAAAUGUAGGCCUAUGUGUGUAGAUUUCUGCUAAACUUACUUAUAUAAGGGCAUAAAUUUCCUGGAAAAUUUGAUGUAAAUUCAAAAAGUAAUGUUAUUUGCCAUCCUGGCAUCUUCAUGGCAGAAGUGGAUCUGCAUUUCCCGAGCAAGCCAACACUGACAUAUGAUUUGAGUUUUAGAUUGUUGAUAUUUGUUUGCCUGUUAGCUUGGACUCAUAAAAUGUAUUUUAAAUUCUUUUUUCAGUCUUCACAAUUAAUGAAGGUAAGAAGAAAAAAAAAGGUCAGGCAAUUUAAAUGAAAAAAAAAAUUGGUAAGGGAAAUAAAAACUAAUUUUGUGUAGUGACAGUCUCAGGAUGACAAGGAAAAUGUUUAAAUAGCAGAAUGGGAAAAAUGCUACAUACUAAAAUACCAAUGAAGUUUUCUGCCCAAAACUUUUUACAAGCCAGUCAGCUCCAAGCAUGACGAGAUGUGCUUGUAUGGCCUGGAUUCCAAGGGCUUAGUGGUUCCUGCUGCCUGUGAAGGAUAACAGCUGUAAGUGGCCUUAAGUUUAAGUGUACUGAUCUUUUCUGUUUUGUUUUUUUUUUUUGUAUGACCAUAUGUGACUACCACCCAGAAGGCCAAAAUCACCUUUAAGACAUUGUAUAAAAGCAUAAAAAUAUUGCAUUAGGCUUAUGUUUAACUUUAUAAAGGGCUUUGAUUUAAGAUGAAACAUAUUUGAAAGUCUCAGGUAUUGACAACUUUUAAUACAAUGGGACCUGUGAGGGCAGGAACCAGAUAGAUUUGUUUCAGCCUGCAGCCUCUGUUCUGCCCUCUUCAAAUACAAGGAAAAACAAUCAGCCAUAAGGGAAUAGAUGUGAAAGUUAAGGGAUACUGUCAAUAAUUCAGAAUGCUCAGAAGUUAGCAAUAUAUUGUUUAGAGUUAAAUCUUAAUCCUCAGUUGUUUACAAAGAUAUGUGCCCAUGUUCAGUGUCUUGCAGUAAUUAAUCCUGAGAUGACCUCACUUCUCUCCAUUCUCUCCUUUCAAUUCCUCUGGAUUUUUUUUUUAUUUAUUUAUUAACAACAACAAAAAAAAUAAAAAUAACAAGUCUUGUAUUUACAGUAGCCAGAGUGACUCCCUUGACUCAAAUGUUUUCCUUCCUUUCUCUGCAGUCCACAAUGAUUUUCUUGGGAUCACUGUAAAGUCCCUGUGCUGCCUCAGCAUAAUCCAUGGACCUGUCCUCUUCUGUGGGCUGUCUUACCUUACCUGAAUUAUCAGGGUUGGAAAAAACCUUGAUGGUCAUUGAGUGCCAUGAAGCCUAGCUGCUUUCCUUCUCAAAUCCUCAUAGGAAUGAGGAAAACAGUGCUUACAUUGUUUUGGUUUUUUGAGUUCCUACAAGGUACACCAAAUGAAAAGUACUUUUUGCCGUUUGCCUUAUUUGUCAAUGGUAUUGUUUUAGUCAAUAAAAUGUAAUAUAAAAGGGACAAUUCAUUUUUCAUCAGAAUACACCUUUCUAAAGUUCAGUGCUGCUGGUGAUUAAAGUAUUAUACUUCCAACUCCAGUCUAAACAGACAAAAAUAGCUUUUUUUUCAGAGAGCUAUGGAACAACUUCCUUCAGUAAACACUAAGUAUUCUGAUUUUAGUUUUUAUUAUACUGGAAAAUGUUAAAAAAUAAUUCAAAUGAUCGAGAAUUCUGAUUGUAAGGUCUCAAAAGAGAGUGAAUAUGCAGGCAAUGACUGUUACUAAAAUGUUGCAACUUGAUUUAUAGGUAUUUGAUUUGUUGCACUGUCCUGUUUUUCUUGCGUUCAGAAUAUCACCCAGUAACACAGGGAAAAUGACUGACUCUCCAAAGAGCUUCUUACGGAUGGCCAUAGCUGAAGAGUGGGAUCUCUGAGAGCAAUGUCUCUGAAAAUUCCUUGUCUCUCUCAUAUUAGGAAAAUGGAGGACAAAAGGAAGACCUGCAAAAUGGACUCAACAGCAGAAGGGGUAUCAGAGGAUCCUGUGGGGACAGGCUUUGAUGCCCUGCAGGGAGCCGAGUUCACCCACUUCUGUCUUCUGUCUUCUGUUUUCUAUCUUGGUAAUCCCCCAUGCCAAAAUGUAGGUAGGUCUCAUAUUGGCAUCGCUGGACUGUGAGUGGAUACACUGCUACUGAGUUUAUGGCCUUGUGUUGAGCUCCAGAGUUUUGUGACCAGCCAACAGUAAUUUUCAUCAAGGCAUUUUAGUUCUACAGAUGGAACUUGUAGUCAAGAGCUAAAAGCCACAGAGCACCAAUAAAAUACUCAUAUU